AGGGGGGAAAAAAAGACGUCAACAGCGCCUCCAUCUUAGAUAGGUCCAAUAAUUUGACUUUUGUUAUAUUAAAUAUUCUUGAAAAAUGCCGGUACAAUGCGCAGCGUAUGGGUGUAAAAAUCGUCGAAACGCAAAUCUAAGAAAACAAGGGGUCACUUUCCACAGGUUUCCCUCUGAUGCUAAACUGAGAAAAAUUUGGGAGACGGCUCUGCGAAAAGAAGGUUUUUCAGCCACUCCUCAUACAGUUCUGUGCAGCCAGCAUUUCACAGAGGAUGCCAUUGACAGAACUGGACAGAUUGUUCGCCUGCGUGAAGGAGCCGUCCCAUCUAUUUUUAAUUUCCCAGCACACCUUCAGAAAAAACCCAUUAAACCAAGAAAAACCGCAACAUCACAAAAGGCUGCGGCUCCAUACGAAGUAGUUGUGGUGAAAGCAGACAGCAAUUCCAACAACGACAGAACAAAAACUUUGGUUUGUGAUGAGCACUCGUAUGCAUUGGAUCCUUCACCAAACAGGGUGAAAGACAGGUUGGCAAAGGCCCUGGCAAACAUGGAGCGCCUCCAGCGUCAACUCCGUAAUGCCAAGGACAGAGAGAGAAGAUGCAAGACAACACUGAAGAGUGCCUUGGAUGACCUAAAAGAGAGAAAUCUCAUCACAGCUGAACUUCAUCAAAGACUGGAUCUUUGCUCAAGUCUUUAGAAGUCAAUAUCUCAUGCUUCUAACUUCUUACUUUCUAAAAUUGCACAGUGCUGCUUUAAAAGGGGGUGAAAUAUGUCCUUUUUGUUGCACAAAAGAAUGGGGUUAUGUUAGUAAAUCUGUUCAUUUUAAACAAAUAAUUGCAUUUAAAUGCUCCAUGCAUGCCAUUCCUUUUGGAUGUUCAUGUGUGGGCCCUUUGUGUCUAUCUGUUACUCCAGCACGUGGACUGGAUUUGGGUUUUCCUUUGGAUCCCUCACCAGCUUUGCUGCACAAUAUACAGAAAGCCAUUUGCCUUCUCAUUAUGUAAAAUAGACUGAGCCUGUAAAUAUUGCCUUGUUUUUGCAAAUAAAUGUAUACUAUUUUGUA